AUGAUGAGGGUACAAAUCGUCAAUGAGGAGAUGAUUGACCUCCGAAACCGUGCAGCUCAGGGACUUCCUCUGCCUCAGAGGCAGAUGGGCCAAGGACUAGCGCUUUGCAAAGUUCGAUCUGUCCAGUUUAGGAAGAAAGGCAUUCCGUAUCUCAACACCUAUGAUGGAAAGACAAUUCGCUAUCCAGACCCAUUCAUCAAGGGAAAUGACAUGAUCAAACUCGACCUCGAGUCGAACAAAAUUGUUGAUUUCAUCAAGUUUGAUGUUGGCAAUGUUGUGAUGGUGACCGAUGGAAGGAACAGGCGACGUGUUGGAGUGAUCAAGAACCGUGAGAAGCACAAGGGAAGCUUUGAAACUAUCCACAUCCAGGAUGCUCUUGGGCACGAGUUUGCUACCCGUGUGGACAAUGUGUUCACUAUUGGAAAAGGUUUUGGUUCUAUGCACUUUUAG